UGGACAAAACGUCAACAAUUGUCGAAGAGACCGGUGUGAGAGCACUGCAGGACGAUGCAUGCUAAUAUCUGGGCAGCCCAGCUCAAAUUAUCACAUUGGGCAUUUGUGGUUUACGGCUUGAUCGCUACCAUUUGAAUUCAGCAUUGAAAAUUCCUGAUGUGAUUUGUCAAAAGAUGUGAGAAGGAGAAAAACAUACUGGGGGGAGGGGGGCAAGGUAGCCAACCCGAUACUUCCACCCAUACAAAUGUUACUCUCGACUACCGAUAGCCAUUGACACCACGGCUUUUGUUAGCACUUCACAUUGAAAUUGACCCUGGCCUUAAGAGCAUGAGUGCGUGGAGGCGGGCGGUGUUUCUCUAACCACGGACUGAAAAAAAACCAAGUAGGCGAUUGACAACUUCCUGAGGGGAGGUCAACCUUAUCGCUACCAAAUCUCUCCCUAGUGUCCUGUCCUGUGGAGUGCAACCUGGUCGGCUGUACGAUCACAAAAGAGAAGACUGUUACAUGCACACACAAUGGAUUAAAUAUCAGAGAGAAGUUUGAACAAACGGAAUUCUAUGCUGUGCGCUUGACUACUCCAAAAGUCGUCCUCUAGGAAAACAAUUUCCAAAAUCGUUCAGGUAUGAUUCAGAGGAAGGAGAUUGUGCUGUCAGUCCUGGGGGAGCUGCAGGACGCCACAGAGAGCUCUGGCCUGGACGCUCUCACCCGAGUGGCCCUGGAGGUCCACACGGUCCUGAACCCCUUCCCCCUGCCCGGCUCCCCCUGCCGCGAGUUCCCUGACUGGACCAGCGUAGACCGGGCGGCUCAUGCCCUGUACCCGGCGGACGCCCCCGGGGGUCUUCUACCUCUGGCGUGUUCGGGUGCCGAGGGGAACCUCCUGUUUGACGCUGCCAGCGUGCUGCUAGUGGGAACCACCGUUCUGAGUCUGGAACUACAGGUGCGCACUGUGGUUGAGAUGCUGCUGUGGAAGCGUUACUACCUGUGCGGUAUGAUUGACUCCAAGGUGAUGCUGCAGGCAGCCAGGUUCAGUCUGUGUGCCGACGAGUCUGAAGAAAUGCUCAACCUGCCACUCUCCGUCCUCGAGGCCAUCUUCGACGCUGACGUCAAAGCUUCCUGUUUCCCCGGCUCCUACGCCAACAUGUGGCACCUCUACGCCCUCUCCUCCGUCCUGCAGUGUAACAUCUACUCCGUCUACCCCAUGUACAACCUGAAGAUACGACCCUACUUCAACCGUCUGAUCCGACCGAGGUCCUACCCCAAAGACCGGGAGCUCAUCACCACUCACAUCAUGUGGUCCGGAGAACUGGAGGGGAGCUCCACCGGCUCCAGGUUCAGGCCCAGGGUGUUCGUGGCGUUAGUCCAGACAUGUGACCUCCAGGUGGGUCGUCUUAACACCGAGCGCAGGGUCCCCCCCCUGAAGUCCCUGGAGCUUCUCGACCAGGACUCUGACCUUUCCUACUCCAGCCUCAAGGACAAGUACAACAUCACCAAGAGCACCUUCUACCGAUGGAGACGGCAGACGCAGGAGCACCGCAAGAAGUCUGCCACCAGGUACGAGGCCAAACAUUUCCUCCAGGCCUGCUAUCUUGAGGGGAAGCUCAUUCCUUUGUACCAGUUCAAGGAGUUCUUUCCUGAGAUCUCCAGGUCCACGUACUACGCCUGGAAGCACGAGCUGAUCUCUUCAGGUGGAAGUUUCUCCUCCACGGGGGAGGUGAGCCCGGGGAACAGUACGGAGCAGGAGACCUGGUCUUCUCCGGAGUCCAAGCCGAGGCGAAAUGAACCAGAACCCGAGCGACAACACCACGACAGCGUGGCCGGGCUCUUCGGCCUGAGCUACAACAGCGAUAAGAUGGAUGGAGAGCGGGCCCAGAACCUGGCACUGAUGCAGGAGGCCAAGAAGGUCCUUCAGAACUGCAUCGCCAUGAAUACGUCCUUCCCUUUCCGGAUCUUUAAGCGAAGCUUCCCCGGGAUCUCAAGGUCAACCUACUACAACUGGAGGAGAGAGGCUAUGCUGUUUACUCGCGGCUACAAGGCCGGCAGCUGUGAAGACAGUUCGGAUGCAGAUAAAAGUACACCCACCAGUGGCCUGUCCCCCGCCUGGAAGCCUGAUAGCCUCCGUCACCCGGCCACUGUCCGCCCCCGAGUGAAGGUCUACAGAAACCACCACAAAGGAUUCCGGCUGGCGUUUCUAUGUCGGAAACGCCUCAGAGACGCCGCCAAAGUGAAGCUGUGGAAGUCUCGAUGGUCUUUGUCCAAGUUCAAGGUGAAGUUCCCCUCCCUGUCUCUCUGUUUCUACUGGCUGUGGCGCAACGGCCCUGACAGGAAACGAAAAGAGGGCGUGACCGACCGGCCUGCCGAAGUGAACCAGCCUGAAGGGAUCACGGAGAACCACUACAACCAGCACCCAGUCAUGGAGAAGGCAAAGGUCGUGGUGGAGAGUGGCCUACACACAACGGGUCACACCCAGGAUGUGUUCUCGUUCCGGGCGGGCGUAAUGGAGGAUCCGCGAGUUCCUGCGACCGCGCCCACCGUGUCCCCUGCCUCCUGUGCUCCCGGCCACGCCCGCGCCAACACGGCCACCCCGACCAACGACCACGUGUUUGUCAUGGAUCUGGUGGCGCUGGCCAACUUCAAGGCCAAGGCCAAGCUCUUCCUGCAGCAUCGCUUCGAGGAGAAGUCCUUCCCCACCUUCAGGGAGUUCCGCUCCUUCUUCCCCCUCACCCCCCGCUCCACCUACUACAUGUGGAAGAGGGCGCUGCAUCACGGGGUGCCGCUGGUUCACGCCACCGGCUGACGGAGGUUGGCUACGCUAGCUCCAAGCAGAAGGGUGCCCCUGUAACUAUGGAAAUACUCAGUUGUCUUCAGAAUCUUAGCCCCACCCCCAUUUUAGUAGACAAAUCAGAGCCCCCGGUACCAGCUGACUCCUAAUCUCCCCUUUCCUUCCUUACUCAAAGUCGUUUUUUCACCGGCUUCAACACUGGAAUUGUUUGGCGUGUAGUUUGAGAUUUGCCUGAGCACCUUUGUGUAUCCAAAUGUAUUAGAAAUGCUGCUAAAUGCAUGGUUUUCCCUUGUCCUUCUGUCCUUCUCCCAUUGGUUCCCUUCCUUCAUCCAUUCCCUUGCCUAUCACCUCCCUCAUGGACAUUUGCACAUGUGUGAAGAGAGACUGUCCUACAGUUCCACUAAUGGCCCUCUGGCCUCCAGGCAAAAGGCAGUUCAAAGUCACCCAGAUGGGAACAGUGGGGAUUAUUUAAAUGUCUCUUUGUUUGAGACCGGCUGUUUCUUCUCCACGUCCGUCUCCAGUCUUGGUUGUAAUCAGGGGCCCCUUGGCUUCCCUAGGUUCAAUUUUUUUGUUGAAUUGUUUUCAGGCCGCUUCUAGAUUAGAUUAAUCGGGUUAAUCUAUUUGAUGUCUUUCUGUUCUAGAAGAUUCCCAGUGGUUAACCUCGUCAGUGGUUUACCCAGGUAGUUAGGUGACAGGGUCUUUGUUUUAGACGUCAAGUUUCACCCUUUUUGUUUGGUUUGAGCAUGUUCUGCACACACAGCACGUGUUGAUGGACUAUUUUGUUUGACAAUUGAAUGUUCAUCCGAGGGAUGAUUUCACUUAGUGCAUUAAUGGUUGUGAGUGUUUCAGGUUAUUUCCCUCAUCACAAUGUGGUUUAUUUAAGAACACCACAAUUGCUUCAGUCCAUAAUGGUCAAUUGCUGUGGCCAAGUUAGUCUCCUUACUGGAAGAUAUUUUUUGCACUAUGGUUUUUCAGUGGAAUAGGAAGAUGUCAACCACGUCUCAGGUUUUCAUUGGUGUUUCGUUAUAUGUUACAGGUUUGUCUUCUCAAGAUUCGCUGUGUUGCUAUUGACAAGUAUGUUUAUGGCAUAAUGUUUACGACAAUUCUGGACUCUGCCACCAGAUCAUGUCUUUUGAAUAUGCUGAUUAGUCAUAUUAAGUGUAUAUUUUCUUCAUGAAUUUCUUAUUUCUUUGUGAUUACAAUAAUUUUUUUCACUAUGAUGCAUGUUUUCUGCUAAAUAUACUGUCUUAUAACUGUGGUGGGUUAGUUUAGAUGAAUCAUGUUUUUUAUUUUGUUCUUAUUGGAAAUGAAGAGCCAGAUGUGGGUUUUUUGGGGGUUUCCUUCCAUAAUAACAGCCAAACAUUUUCUAUUUCAAACUUGUUCUGAAUAUUUAUUUGUUUCAGUCAACCGGCAGAGCGUUUCUUACUGUCAAACAAAUCGUUUUUGCUACGAGGCAGAAUUACAAUAAACCAUCCAGUCAAACUCA